AUCACGGUAAUGAAAGUUGGAAUAAUUUUCACACGGCGUGCACAUGCACAUUGAUCAAUCACCUAAUUGAUAAUAGACAAAUAUUAAUUAAUCAUUUAAAGCGAGUUAUGUCACCACGCCCCCUUAGCGUGCGUUAGGCCUCUUCACUCUUCAUUUGCUUCCGACGGCUCUGACGUGUAAUGUCAAUUGUGCCAGGAAUGACGUAUAAAUCUGGUCAUUUCGAAGUGAAAUCUUUACUUCCUUCUCGAAACUUGCAAAACUGACUGGAUGAGUUGCUUUUCCAGGAAGCAGAAGCACAGUUUUACCGUAUGUUUAAAAUACAAGAGCACCACAGGAAGUGUGUUCGUGUUGUGCAAGUUGAUGUAGUUGAUAAUGGUGAUCUCAACAUUCAAUACAGAAAGAAAAAGCAACAAUUUGAGACUGAAAAGAAACCUGUGGAUGAACUUUUUGUUUUUCAUGGAACCUCUGGUAAAAUUUUGCGUCCGAUAAUUGUCCUCUUGUAUUGUAUUGAAGAAUAUGUUAAUUGCCAAUCUAUCCAAAUUAUAUAUCAAACACAUUUUUUGUGUGACAAGUUAGACAUUAACACGUUUGUCUGUACUACAGAUACUUUAAUAGACGCAAUCGUUAAGGAUGGUUUCAAAGUAGGUGGAAAGGACAUCAGAACCGUUAGUGGAUCUAUGUAUGGUAUAGCCGUUUACACUGCUGAAAAUCCAUCAGUGGCCAUGCUCUAUGCAAAGAGGGGUGAGUCUAAAAAACUUCUUCUGUCUCGCAUUCUACCUGGUCGUGAAGAUGAAGACUACACUAGAGGUGCAGAUGAGCAUGUAUUUGUCUUAGAGACAUCUGAGCAACUUUUACCCCAAUAUGUUGUGCACAUUGGAAGUAAUUGAAUCUAGCAAUUGUGUGAUGUUAGUCCUAUGGCAAAAAUCAAUCAAUGAACCGUGCAACUAUGGUGCAUGUACAAGGAAUCUGAUUACAAAUUUGACAUUUAUGGAUUUUAAGAGUAGAUGAACGUUUCAGUGUUCCUAUAGUUUAUUGGCUGUAAUGUUCUGAGGUUAGUGUCUUUCUUUUUA